CACUUCUACCACCUUCCCUCAGGGAAGCCGAGAGAGAAUCGCCAGGUGCAGAAGAAGACAGGCCAGCCGGCCAAAGAGUCCUAUUCUGAGGACCCCAAGGCCCCUGCAGCCCCAACCGCUGAGGACAAAGCCGCCAUUAUCAUCCAGUGUGCCUUCCGGCAACAUCUGGCACGAAAGGAUCUGGCUUACCGUCAGAAGGAGCGCCAGGAGUACCUGGAUGAAAUGGAGAAGCUGCAGAGAGAGGCCUACCUGGCCAUGGUGCGCCGGGAGCAGGAGGAGGCGCGGCGGCAGCGCGAGCAGGAGGAGGCGGCGGAGCGCGCGCGAAGGGAGGAGCUGCAGCGCCGCCGCCGCCUGCUGGAGGCCGCCUUCGAAGGGGACCUGGGCGAGAUCCGCGCGGUGCUUAAGGAGGUGGAUCAGCUGCUGACGCGCGAAGGCGUGGGCCACGACGAGGCGGGCAAGGCUCGGCGGCUGCAGAGGCGCGUGGCCACUGUGGAGUGCGAGGACAGCCACGGGAACACGCCUCUAUCCGAGGCGGCGGCGGGCGGGCAGCCCAUGGCCAUCCAGCUGCUGGCGGAGCUGGGUGCCAACCCCAACAGCAAGGGCGCCUUCGGCCGCACGCCGCUCUACCGGGCUGCCUUUGGGGGCCACCUGGAAGCCGUGGAGGUGCUUCUGAAGCUCGGAGCAGACCCCCGGGUGUACGCGGAUGACGGGAGCACUCCGGAGCAGGUGGCCUCGCUGGUGACAGUGGCCAGCGUGCUGCAGUCCUGGGACCUGAGCCUCACAGAAGCCAUGCUCCAGAACAUGGAGGCUGAGAAGGAGCGCAGGGCUCAGGAGGCCCAGAAGCACAAGGAGGCUGAGGCCAAGCGCAUCAACCUCAAGGUGGAGCAGCUGGCUAAGGAGCAGCAGAGGUGUCACAAGGAGCUACAACAGGCCUACUGUGAGCUCAAUCGGAGGAUCACGGAGCACGAUAAGUGUGAGAGGAAGGGCAUGGGCAAGACGGAGCUCACCCUGCAGGCCAUCAAGGAUGCAGAAGCCCAAGUGGACAGGCUGCGGGAGGAGGCACAAAAGGCUGAGGAGACACUGGCCAUGGCCAGGCUGGAGCUGCGGGAGCAGAUCCAGGAGGAUGAGACAGAAGCACCUGGGCUGAAGUGCAAGGUCACGGAGCUUCACGACGUGCUGAUGAAGGAUGUAGGUGACCGAAUCCGAGCUGAUGGACGGUGGCCUCUCGUCAUCGACCCUUCUGGCCAGGCAGCCACUUUUCUGAGGUAUCAGGACACCAACUACGUGGACACUGUAAACCCGGAGCACCUGAGACCCGAGACGAUCCGGCUGGCUCUGCUUGGGGCAAUCAGGUACGGGAAGCCACUGGUGUUCGACCUGCGGGAAAUGGACCUGUUCCCAGUCGUGCAGCAGCAGCUGGAGGCGGUGCAGCCUGGCCUGGCGCAGGCGCUGUUGAGUCGAGGGCUGCUGGCACAGGAGGGUUAUCUGUCCCUGCUGCGGCCCACGGAUGGACCCGAGUAUGACCCCUCCCAGUUCCAAGAGGCACGCCUGGACCACUUCCGCCUCUUCUUCGUCACCCGAGUUCAGUGGCCACCAGCUGACCAGCUGCAGACCCUGCUCCCAGUGCGCGUGCAGCUGUCCAGUGGAGGACUCUAGUCGUACCCCAAUAAAGCACGUGCCCCAGGCAUUUA